UUUGUUUAAGGUUUUUUUUUUUUUUUCCUUUGGGUUUCUCUUGGGUUUUGGAUGUUGAAUGAGUGCACUUGGCGUUAAUAAGUGCUCCGUUACGGAAACCGACGUGAUCACAAGUAGAGGCGAAAAGGCAUUUUCUUGACUUAACGCACCGAUUGGAUGCCCGCAGUCAUUAGCCGUCUACUUAAGUGUAUAACUGUGUGUGUGUGCGCGCGCGCGGUUGUUUAUGUAUUGUCAGAUGCUUAGAGACACCUGCUGGUCUGGAGCUGGAGCCCCUCUUCUCACGAAGAUCUAUCCUAGUGGGGAAGACAAUGAGUUACAAGGCACUAAUAGUUCUGGAUCGCUGGGUGGUCUCGAUGUUCGCAGACGAAUUCCUAUAAAGCUCAUUUCCAAACAAGCCAACAAAGCUAAACCUGCACCUCGAACUCAGAGGACUAUAAACAGGAUGCCUGCAAAGGCUGCACCUGGUGAGGAAGAAGGAUUUGAUUAUAAUGAAGAGGAACGAUAUGACUGUAAAGGGGGUGAACUGUUUGGAAAUCAGCGAAGGUUUCCUGGACACCUUUUUUGGGACUUUCAGAUAAACAUCUUAGGUGAAAAGGAUGAUACACCAGUUCACUUCUGUGACAAGUGUGGAUUACCUAUUAAAAUCUAUGGACGAAUGAUUCCAUGCAAGCAUGUUUUUUGUUAUGACUGUGCUAUUUUACAUGAAAAAAAGGGAGAUAAGAUGUGUCCAGGCUGUAGUGAUCCUGUGCAGCGAAUUGAGCAGUGCACACGAGGUUCUCUCUUCAUGUGUAGCAUUGUUCAAGGGUGCAAGAGAACGUAUUUGUCGCAGAGAGACUUACAGGCUCAUAUCAACCAUCGCCAUAUGAGAGCUGGAAAACCUGUUACUCGAGCUUCACUGGAAAACGUUCAUCCUCCUAUUGCCCCACCACCAGCUGAAAUCCCUGACCGCUUUAUAAUGCCACCAGACAAGCACCACAUGAGCCACAUCCCGCCAAAGCAGCACAUCAUGAUGCCACCACCUCCUUUGCAACAUGUGCCCCACGAGCACUAUAAUCAGCCUCAUGAGGAUAUCCGUGCUCCUCCAGCAGAAUUGUCCAUGGCUCCACCACCACCUCGUUCGGUCAGUCAGGAAACCUUUCGUAUUUCAACAAGAAAACACAGCAAUUUAAUAACUGUCCCUAUUCAGGAUGACUCAAGUUCAGGUGCUAGAGAACCACCACCUCCUGCCCCAGCACCUGCUCACCAUCAUCCUGAAUAUCAGGGUCAACCAGUGGUAUCGCACCCUCAUCAUAUUAUGCCUCCACAGCAACAUUACGCACCACCCCCACCUCCUCCACCACCAAUAAGCCAUCCAAUGCCACAUCCUCCCCAGGCCGCAGGUACUCCUCACUUGGUAUAUAGCCAAGCUCCACCUCCACCAAUGACCUCUGCUCCACCACCAAUCACCCCUCCCCCUGGACAUAUUAUUGCCCAGAUGCCACCUUAUAUGAACCAUCCUCCUCCAGGACCUCCCCCACCUCAGCAUGGUGGUCCGCCUGUAACUGCUCCCCCUCCUCACCAUUACAAUCCUAACUCUUUACCCCAGUUCACUGAAGAUCAAGGAACUCUGAGUCCUCCAUUUACACAGCCAGGGGGAAUGAGUCCUGGUAUAUGGCCUGCACCAAGAGGGCCACCUCCUCCUCCACGAAUGCAGGGUCCGCCUUCUCAAACCCCACUUCCUGGACCACAUCAUCCAGAUCAGACAAGAUACAGACCGUAUUACCAAUGAUAAUAGUAUUUUGAACUGAAGAUAACGAUAAGGAAAAAAAAAACUUCUGUAUAGUUAAUCUUUUAAUUAAGCUCUGACUGUUUGGGAAGGAACAGUACCUCUUACUGAGGCUAUAAAACACAUAGGGUCUGGUCUCUUGAAAUGGUUUUAAAUCUUGACCUUAGGAUUGAUUUCAAGUACUAUACUAUAGUACAAAUAAGUGGCUCAGUUGAGCAUAGCUGUAUUUUAACAUCUUUGUUCCCCGAGUGUGGUAAAUUGACCCAGAGGUGACCAUUUGUAAAAAAUUUGAAAAAAAUUUGCAUUGUUUCACUUUCAAAAGUACUGCUUUUGUUAAACCCAAUGUUUAGUUUUCCUUGUGAUACAUUUUGUUAACCUGUGUAAAAGGAUUAAAUUUCAAUAUGGUUGUAAAAAUACUAUUUUUAUGUGAAUUUAAGUGCAGCCACAUACUGUUUUUAAAAACCAUAUGUUUUACCACUAAUUUCCCAAAGUUACAAUAAAAUCCUGAAAGUAAAAUUCUAUUAGAAUUUGCUGUAAGGCAGACUGUUAAAUGAUAGAGAAUUAUUUCACAUUUUAGGCACUGAAAUUUUGAGGUAUCGAAAUAUAUAAUGCACUUCACUUGGAUGCCUUUCCAUUUUGAGGCAGCCUCAGAAGCACCGGACAAAAUACAUUGGAGUUCCAGUACUGAGAUAUGAUUGUGAUAUUAAAAGGCAUUACUAAUUCUUUGGAAAGCUAAGGCCAGAGUUGUCAGCUCUGCAGGCCCAAGCUGGUGGGGGAGGCUGUUACUCAUGAAUGCUUUUUGCUGAAUGAUUGGAAUCCCAUGAUGCACCACACUUAGUACUCUCCAGUUACAUCAUUUUAUAGAACUGUUUAAAUGGUAUUAUUUAGAUGAAAUGUGUUCUCUGUUCAUUUUCUUAAGCUGAAUAUCUAGGGUUAAAUAGGCUUUAUGUAUAGUUCCUCAUUUCAUGGUAGAGUUUGAUCCUGUGUUAAGUGGGCUCUUGAUUACUGGAUUUUAAUCUACAAUUUGAAUGCUAUGGAGGAAUUUGAAUAAUGUAUUAAUGAAGGACAUUUUCUUGUAACCACAAACUUGCAUUUGCUCAGGUUUCAUUGCUGUGUGAUAAGAGUUUUUUCCCUCUAACUUGACAUUUAAACAGCCAUUAUUUUCUAGUCCUUUUGUUGGUUAAACAGUCUGAACUUGGAACAUUUUAGCAUGUAGUCAGUGGUGAAGACUACCAGAUAAUUUUGUAUUGGGGAAGAAAAAAGUAAUUACUAAAUUGGGAAUUUCAGUGCUUUCUGGUGCCUUUAGAGACAGCUUUUACAUUACAGGGGCUUGUUACAGUCCAGCUAAGGUGACCACUUACAGUUUUACAGAACUCGUGUAUAAGUCAACAUUCUUGGGAUAUUAUUAUAUAUCCUUUGAAUCAACCCCUGUGAAGUUUUUCCUCCCCCCUGAAAUGGUGCAUAAUAUAAACAUGAGAUGUGUAGUAUGCAGAUAUCAUUUAUUAGAUAGAUUGUAGUAUAUAAAUUUAGGACAUAUUUCUUUUCAACAAAGGGUCAACUGAUUGCUAAUUUGCCAUUUUAUUCUGUCAGGUACAGGCAAAGAUUUCUCAUCCUGGAUGAUCCAGAUGCAGAGUCCUUUCUGAAUUUAGAGCAGAGAUUAGAAAUAAUACAAAUGGCCAUUUCUGCUUUGGCCAGAAAUAACUAAUACAUUUCUUUCUUUUAAGUUAAGCGAGUGAUUUUUUUCACCCGUAGUAGUUUGCGAGUCCAGUGUUAAUGCACUAUCUCUAGUGAGAAUCCGUGUUGUUAGAAGCAUGGGAGUGAAGUCGUGUGAACGGUUGAUGGUGAGUGCUUCUGUCAUAUUACUGUAGGUACUUGGACUGGUGCACACUUGAUUCCUUUUCAUGCCCCUGUUAAGGAGCUGUAAAAAAAUGUUACUGUUAAAAAUCCAGACCUUUCUUUGCUUCAUGUAAUGAGAAGAUAGCUAAAUUCACUUUAGAACUUCUCAGAAGAGCUCUCCUUUUAUUGAAAUUUACUAGAGUUGAAUGUGGUAAGAAACCACCUAGCCUAUGUAUUGGAUUAAAAAAAAAAAAUCAAUGUCAUAAAAUUCCACGUUAAGAGAAUUCUUAGAGGCUUUAAAAAAUGACCUAUUUUCAGUUAGGCUUAAUGAAUGAAUAUUAUGCAGGGAAGCAGAUCAGAUGAAUGUCUUGUAGCAGACAAAAUUUUUAAAUGGUGUUAGACUUGAAUUUGUCAGUUAAUUAUUUGGAUGAGGGUGGGUGGGCAGAAGGAUAACAAAAUUGCUGUUAGUGUUUCUUUCCUUAAGGAAAAAGAUGUGAAUCCCAGCCUUAUUUCAGGGAAGCCUUUGAAGCUAUGAUGGACAUAAGUCUAAAUUAAAUGUAUGUUUGUUUCAUUAUAUUGCUCUUAAGACUACUGAGGUGACAGUUUAAUUCUUAAAACAAUAAAAUGGAAGCAUAAAUACUUAUCUUGCCUAGAUGAAUUUUUACCUAAUGAUGACACAUUUGGGAAAAUGCAGAAUUUUCCAUGUUUAUGUUGUUACAACUUUCUACGGUAAAAUUAGUAUCACUUUUUAAAGAUUAAAAGCAACAAGUUGAAUGCUAUAUUUCUUC